CCGGCGACAGAGCCACUACACUCGGCAGCGUGACGUGCUCCGAGCACGGUUCCCUUGACUCGAGCUGCUUACGGCCGCUAACGGAUCAUCGCAGAGAUCGGCGUGUACCCGAGUGCGGACGCCUCGGCUGCCGUAUACGGUCUCUCGGAAUCGUCGUCGACGUGACUUCCAGGUGCGUUAGCGGCCAUUCUCGUUGCUCCGGUUUUCCCGCAAGGUCGCCAAUUGUCGAACUGUGUGAACCGUCGUGCGACGAUGGAUGGCUUGUGGUGUCGUCGACCAACGGCGUCCUGCAACACCCUGGAGCGCCGGAGUUCGCGGUAGCCGAGGCUUCUGUCUCGAGUACUCCGAGUCACCAAGCGCCUUCUUCGUUCUGCCCAGUGGAGGAGCUCUCUAGGACUUGUCUCCACGCCGUGAUUUUGAUUCGACGUUCUAACGAUAUUGGUGAAGGGUGGCCGCCGAAAUGCCGGCUAAGUUUUCCGCUGGCGAAUGGCUGAUCGUUCUUGGGAAUUCGUCGCCUUCUGGGCAACUCUUGCGUGCGGGUUACGGCUCUGAGCCUUUAACGCUCGGCGUUACGUUCGUGUUUUACCAGCCUGCGUGUACUCGCCAGGCGUCACCAAAGAUGAACUCGUGUUAUGUUCAGUGAGCUCUUCGUCCGCGUUGCUGCUGUAAAACUGGAAAUAUUCUAAAGGCUCACAGUUUCUGUGAAGCCACGGUGUACCCACUAAUUCCUGGCAUACCGCAUGCCUUACUUCUUUCUGAGUUCACAGUCAACAAGGUUCUCAACAUUCGGUAUAGUCCGCGAAACACGUUGUCCGCCUCAUCCUCUCAACUUUGUGGAUACGGUGAUCCUUCCCGAUGGUUUUCUGUCCUUCUCCGAAAUAGUCCCUGUGGAAACGGCUAAAAACGCAGUGCCCUGAUUCCGUCGCCAUUACCUCCCACGUCACCGCUUGUCUCAGCCGUACGCGGAAGUCCGGCGUUCGAACCACGUACGCCGUCAUCUGUUGGAACUCGCACUGAACUUGUCUCUGGGAGGUUGCUGAGUUGACCAGGAAGUCUGACAUUCUACCAACGUGCACCUUGCCCUGUGGGAACUCGCGCCGAACCUGUCCACCCCCCCCCCCCCCCCCCCGUGCCCUUCCUGCGAAUUUGGACGUCGUCUCUGUGGCGCGCACCAGCAGUUGACAACGGGCUCCACCAUGUCCCUCUGGAAGGACUACAGGACGAGGAUGGCUACCCGAACGGGGGAGCGGUCGCUGAGCGGGUACGAGAUGUACCGGCUCAGUCUGCUUAAGCACCUCGGCGAAACGGAAUACGCUGACGCGUCGAGCGACGACCUCAGCUCUGACUGGGACGAACCCGAGGAGAUGAGGAACAAGGCCAAGAAGAUUCCGCCCUCGGCGUGGCGCAAGGUGCGCAAUGUGGUCCACUGGUCCCCUUUUGUCCAGACCUACCGAAAGUACAAGUACCCCUGGAUACAGCUUGCUGGACAUCAAGGCAACUUCCGUUCGGGAACGCAAGGCACGAUCCUAAAGAAGCUGUGUGGCAAGGAGGAGUCGUGCCUGAAGCAGCUCAUGAGGGACUCGUGGCUCAGGGAAUACGUGCCAGAGUUCAAGGGGAGGGUCGACAUGGACGACGGCUCAGUGUACCUGGAGCUUCAGGACCUGCUGGCCGGCUUCCAGUGCCCCUGCGUGAUGGACGUCAAAGUGGGGCUGCGCACCUAUCUCGAGGAGGAGCUAGCCAAGGCCAGGGAAAAGCCCAAGCUGCGGAAGGACAUGUACGAGAAGAUGGUUGCGGUGGACCCGGAGGAGCCGACCCCCGAGGAGCGGGACCUGAAGGCGGUGACCAAGCCCCGCUACAUGAUCUGGCGGGAGACCAUCAGCUCCACGGCCAGCCUGGGCUUCCGCAUCGAGGGCAUCAAGAACCCCGACGGCACCUCCACCAAGGACUUCAAGACUACAAAGUCCAGGGAUCAAGUCAUGAACGCCAUCGACACCUUCACCAAGGGCUUCGACGACGCGCUGGGGAAGUACCUGCAGCGGCUGAGGGCCUUGUACGACGCCCUCGAACACUCGGAAUUCUUUGCUGCACACGAGUUUAUCGGGAGCUCGCUGCUCUUUGUGCACGACCGCCUGGCUGCCAGCGUCUGGCUCAUAGACUUUGCCAAGACAGUGCCCGUGCCCGCCAAUGUGGGCGCGGUGAGCCACCGUGCUCCCUGGGAGGUGGGCAACCACGAGGACGGCUACCUCAUCGGCCUCUCGAACCUCAUCGGCAUCUUCGAGGAGCUCCUGGACACCCGCUGUGGCGGCUACUCCAAGAGUCUGCCCCCCGAGCUGCCCGGCUAGGCUCCCCCGCAACUGUGCACGCGUAACUCUGUGCUGGGCGGUGCAAACCCACGCAUCUCGCGUGCCCUGCGACAGCGUGCGAGCAACUCCCGCUUUGGGAGGUGCGACUGUACGUACGUGCUGCGUGCCCCGUGGUCUCCAUUUGCAACGGCCUGCUCCAGCAAACCUGUACAAACAUGCGCCGAGCUACCGACGUGCUCGCCAUCGAGAGACGACAUGCUUGAAAAUGGAGAGAUAACCUGUUUGGGCGUGGUCUCUCCUUCCCACAACGCGAGACAGAUUCGUGCCGGAGGGCGUGACCGUGACCGGACGUGGCCCAAAUCUCCACGGAGCAUUGUUGCCUGCUACGAAUCUACCGGUCGCCACCGCGGACGAAAGGCACUCCAGAAAUCGUAACGCGUUUCAGCUAAGCUCCUAGUUUGCAACAAAGGGUGGCGGGUGUGCGAGCGAACCUGCGUGCAGGAGAUUGAUCUGAGGGCCGCACAAAGUGUGCAUUGUUACGAACAUGCUGCCCGUCGUGGAUCGUCAACCAAAUGUAGCAAGAAGGGGUAACAUGCUAGGCGGUAAGCUCGCACUUCUUAUGAGGAGUUGCACAAGCGCCCCGAGAGACAAACUUUAGAGGGACCAUCUCUGCACUUCAAAAAAGACGUUGAUUUGGGGAUUCGGCUACACGCGGUAACACUCCACAUCCGAGCUUCACAGUUCUCUUCGGACAAACCACGAGAAGGUGGCGCACCAACGGUGCCUACCCCUCGACACGACAGAUGCGUGGUUGGUUUUUAUUCUUUGUUGUUAUUUUGUUGUUGCUAUUUUUCUGCGUUUGAACGGGAUGCAGGACACUGGCUGUUCGGAUGUCAUCGAGGGAGUGUCAUCGUAGCUGGCUUAGGCUGUCUGCCUUUCGGUAGUCAUUACGCCGCCGUCUGCUCGGCAAGUGGAGGGAGAGAUUCGUGCAGCCCAGUGCCGUGUGUGUUGUUACUCAUCUGUUCUUUUUUGUUGGUUACGCUGCAACACUUGUAACUGGGGAGGAAGAGCACGCGGAACGGGUCUGUUCUGGAACAUAUUACGCAUGUCUGCAAGAAACUUGCAGAUUGUGGUUUGCCGCGAUUUGGAACGCUGCGGGAUUGCCUUACCGUGCGUGCGUUGAAGUGUGGUAUUCACGAGGUCAUCACUGUUUUUAUCACUUUUCCCCAUUGCAGUAUCCUUUUGCACUUGGUCUAGUGCAACUUCUUAAGUGGUUGGAUUCUUUUCAGAGCAAUUUCGACUGUGGUCAGAUUUAAACAUUUUUCCCGUAUUCUGAAAAAAAAAAAAAAAACUUUAAAAGACAAAUACUGGGAUGUGGAAAAUGUAAAUGGAAUAUAAUUGUGAUACUGUUAAAGCAGUUAUGCCUUCAAUUUCUUUUCUUUUUUUUACGUUGGGAACAUUUAUUGGUUUCGCAUGAUCAAAGUUAAUGUUUUGUUUUUUUGUAAUGUCCUUAUCUCGGAAACAUUGGUUCAAUCAUAAUAUAGACCUUAUGAUGUCCUGAAAAUGGGUUGAUAAAGCUAUAGUACUUACAACUUUAUUGACAAAGACAGUCAAAUAACUUCCUAUCACUUCUCCCCAUUUGUUUGCACAUUUUUUUUCACUUAAAGUUGACAUUUUGAAGGUUUCAUCUAGGAAUUGUGAUGUCAUCAGCUUCAAUCUGACAAAAGCAUGUGCACACUUAAGUAUCCCCACAACAUUUUCAGUCAUUGUUGUGUAGGAUCCCACUAAUUGUGUGUUUGUAUUGUUGCCAAUUCUGUUGGAAUGUGCCAACCUUAUCUCAAAUGUUUUCUACUGGGCAACCUCCCGUUUUCCUAAAUUGAUAAAAGGGAUAUUCAGAGGAUGCUAAGCCACUGGUAUUUUUCGAGGCACUUGAUGGCUCAAUCCACAAGGCUUCUACUGGAAUCAAAGGACGGGGAAGUUUUAAAAUUGCAAUUAGAGGAACUUGUCGCAGAACUUGAGUAUUAGAUUAACGAGCAGUUCACCCAGGCUGCGGCUGGUGCCCAACCUUUUUUAAUUGAGGGAGCCAUUUUCAUCAGCGCGGGAGUGAGACUAUAUUUGACAUACUGGAUGUCUAUUGAACGUCAAAAACAAUUUCAUGAUCAUCCGAGGAAGGGCAUUGCUUCCUAGAGCCUCUCAAUCAGUGCCAGCGCUGCUCCCACCAUUAUUUACCAGCGCCAUAGCAUUCACAUGUUCUGAAAUGGACUCUAGACCGAGGUCCAAACGUGGCAAAAGAUGCAAAGACAAUGAAGAGGCUAAUUAAUCCUACUAAAAUGAGCCUCCGAAUAUUGAACCACUUCACUCAUCUAAUGGUGCUGCUCAUCUAUCAAACUCCAUCUUAUGAAUUACUGGGUUGCUUGUGGCACACAAUGCGCAACAUCCUCGAAAAGAGGUUGAGUGGUAAAGGUAGGUUUUGUAAGUAUUUUUAUUUCUAAACGGCGACGAGGGGAAUAUAUAGAUAUUAAUCUUCGAAAGGGGCCCAGUUUAUUUCGAGACUAACCCUUAAUGCAACACCUUCUUGUUAUCAAAAUGGGAGUAUUUGGUAAAAAUGGGAUGGUUAAGACCUUUACCUAUUAGCAGAAGAGACAUUUCAAUCUGUCGACCCACCAUCCGAUUUUCAGAUGUCUUAGGUGUUAAGUGUUCUGUGUUGGUUACCUAAAUUGCAGUCUCGCAUUUUCUCUUCUAAUGUGUGUGUGUGUGUAUGUGUUUUUGUGCGUGUGCCUUGUUUCGACUGCUUUUGCCAGAUGGCAAUAGGGACUUCUAACCUCUUUGUUGUACAUAGAUGUUUCUUCGUCAGUGUAGAAAGCGUUGCCGAACUGCGAACACUGAAUUGGGUUAGUUUUGCGGUAGUGUCCGCAGUGGUAAAAAAUAUGUUGGCCUUACCUAAAUACCUCUGGUGUGAGUGCAGGCUCUUGCAAAGGCACGUUGUUUCGCGGCGUCUUUCCUGAGUGAGGCAACGCUCGAAGCUGAAAAGCCAGCUCUGUCUGCCCCCCGUGCCAUAGCGACCCGAGAACUGGGGCGGAUUGACAUCUCGCCUUGUGCCGAUGCACGAUGCAGGCCUGCUCAACUACCUGAAUCCUUUCUUUGUACUUGUGCAAAGUGUUGAUGUGCUUCUUGGUGUACAUAGAUGUGUUUUUAUGUGCAUUAUUUAAAAGGGAAAAAAUGGCUAGCAAUGUACAUAUGGAAAAAAUGUGGCUGUUUUCACCUUGCAACGAAGUAAAGCAAAUGUACCAAAA